UCAUCUUGUGUCCUAUUUGAUACACAGAUGUGAUACAUUUGAUCUCAAGCAAAAUGUUGUCAUUUUGUCAGCUCAUGGAGAACACUUCCGACAGUUACUAACAGGAAAGAAAAUAAAUCCAAAAUUACUUUGAUUUAAUUUUUCAAAUUAGAGGGAGAGAGUGAAUCCAAACUAUCAAAGCAGCAAUUGUGUGGAGCUGCCCGGACGACGGUUCAAGGUCCUGAAAGAAUUGAAUUAAUCAAGACGACCUAUUGUCUGAACUGCCUUAUUUUUCUGCGAUCAUUCAGGGUGUCUGUGACGACUCAAUAGCCCCCAUACCACGUGAGGAGGGGGAUACAGCUCUUUAAAAACCAGACCACGUGUCACGGGACUUAAAAGUUUUUAUAACUAAUUGCAGUGGGAAGUUCUGGUGGUGCUGGCAGAGGGGUGUGUGAUAGUUUCUAAGGAAGUGGGCAGGGUAACUGUGAAAGAGUGGGAAAAGUGUCCUAAAAAGUGGGGUUGGCUCAUAUGUUAUUUCUGUCUUCCUUUGCCCCUCUUUAGUGGCCAAGGGACUUGUCAGUUAAACAAUUCCACCAAAAGAUUUGUUUAAAAUAAAAUAUAUAGAUAUCCGUUAUGGCACUUUGUUCCUUGCCGAUUUAUAUGGAGCGCCAAGUCUUGUCACGUCCUUUGGUUGGCCGCUGUCAAGACUGAGCAAGCCUCCUAUAGUUCAGUAGCAAAUAGAAAGAAACGGGCCGUUGAGACCAUUGCAUAUACUUUUAAAGAAACAUUUCUAUGAAGAGAAAAAAUGGCAUUGCUUGCGAAUGGAGCUGUUCCAGGAGAACCUGUGAAGACGGAUAAGAACUCCAGGAGAGGGAACUGGGGAAACCAGAUAGAGUUUAUCCUCACCAGCGUGGGCUAUGCCGUGGGCCUGGGAAACGUAUGGAGGUUCCCCUACCUCUGCUACAGAAAUGGAGGAGGAGCCUUCAUGUUCCCCUACUUCAUCAUGCUGGUGUUCUGUGGGAUCCCCCUGUUCUUCCUGGAGCUCUCAUUUGGACAGUUUGCCAGCCAGGGAUGUCUGGGGGUUUGGAGGAUCAGCCCCAUGUUCAAAGGUGUGGGCUACGGGAUGAUGGUGGUGUCCACCUACAUCGGUAUCUACUACAACGUGGUGAUCUGCAUUGCCUUCUACUAUUUCUUCUCUUCCAUGACCAACCUCCUGCCGUGGACCUACUGCAACAACCCCUGGAACACACCCACCUGCAACGGUGUGGUGACUCCCAGGGGCAUCAACAACACCUUGGCCAACGUCACCCGCAGCUUGGUCACCGGGGCCGCUGAGGUUGCCGUGGAGGUGGUCAAUAAGACCAAGAGGACCAGCCCCAGCGAGGAGUACUGGAAACACUACGUUCUGCAGAUCUCAGACGACAUCGGGAAUUUCGGUGAAGUCCGUCUCCCUAUUCUGGGAUGUCUGGCCGUGUCAUGGGUGGUGGUCUUCCUCUGUCUCAUUAGAGGAGUCAAAUCUUCAGGCAAGGUGGUGUACUUCACAGCCACAUUCCCCUACGUGGUGCUGACCAUCCUCUUCAUCAGAGGCAUCACCCUGGAGGGAGCUGUCACCGGCAUCAAGUACUACCUUACCCCACAGUGGCAUAAGAUCCUUGACGCUAAGGUGUGGGGAGACGCUGCCUCUCAGAUCUUCUACUCUCUGGGCUGUGCAUGGGGUGGGCUCAUCACUAUGGCCUCCUACAACAAGUUCCACAACAACUGCUACAGAGACAGCAUCAUCAUCAGCAUCACCAACUGUGCGACCAGCGUGUAUGCAGGCUUUGUCAUCUUCUCCAUCCUGGGCUUCAUGGCCCACCACCUGAACGUAGAUGUAUCUGAGGUGGCCGACCACGGUCCCGGCCUGGCCUUCGUCGCCUACCCAGAGGCCCUCACUCUGCUGCCCAUCUCCCCCCUCUGGUCCCUGCUCUUCUUCUUUAUGCUCAUCCUGCUGGGCCUGGGGACGCAGUUCUGCCUGCUGGAGACCCUGGUGACAGCCAUUGUGGAUGAGAUUGGUACUGAUUGGAUCGUUAGGAACAAGACGGUAGUCACAGGAGGAGUGGCUAUAGUGGGCUUCCUGCUGGGUGUGCCGCUCACCACACAGGCUGGGAUCUACUGGCUGCUGCUGAUGGAUAACUAUGCUGCUAGUUUCUCUCUGGUUAUCAUCUCCUGCAUAAUGUGCAUCUGUAUCAUGUACGUCUAUGGACACAAGAAAUACUUCAAGGAUGUUGAGAUGAUGCUGGGUUUCCCCCCUCCAAUCUUCUUCCGGGUCUGCUGGAGAUUCGUGUCCCCCAUCAUCAUAUCUUUUAUCCUGAUCUUCACAGUGAUCCAGUACAAGCCGAUCACCUACAACGACUAUGUGUACCCCGGCUGGUCUCUGGCCAUCGGCUUCCUUAUGGCCAUGUCCUCCGUCAUCUGCAUACCCAUCUAUGCUCUCUACAAGAUCGCCAAGUCUGAGGGAACCACAUUUUUAGAGCGGUUGAAGAAUUCGUGCAAGCCAGACGUGAAAUGGGGCCCGGCCCUGAGUGAGCAUCGGAUAGGCCUCUACGCCACCCCAGGCUCAGAGGGAGAGGUGGAGGUGCGUCCCCUGAAAGAGGAGCUGAAGGAGAGGGAGGAUGAGAAGAGGGAUGAGAUCAGCCUCACCAUCCAGGGCAGCAACGGCUCAACAGCACACAACACUACCCCCAGCGCAUAGAGGCCCCCACUGGGCUAGUGCCAGUCCCCACCCAACCACCCUUUCCCACAGCACACCGCAACGUGGGGGAGAGCCCACUCACUGGAGACCUUUACAUAUUGUAAGGGCUUAUUAUUUCUAACCUCUAGAGAAAUUGGCCGUCAUCCAAAAGAAUUUCACCUCUUGUUUCGACAUAAUUUAAUUAUGCAUUUUUUUUCUCUUCUUCAUAUUAUGCAGGUGUGUGUACACACUGUGAAUACAUGGCACAAUAGGGGAGGGACAACAUUUUUCUCCUUCAUCUGUAAAGAUAUCCAGCGGAAUUGGCAACUUUUCAAGUGGCAGUGCUGGGGGUUUUAAACCUGGAGGCCAGGUGUUCUUUGGGUCAGUGCUGUAGACAUCUGAAUGGAACCACUCUAGGGACUGAUCUUUCCCUUCUGCUGUUUUAUCUACGGUAUAGCUUUUGACUUUCAGUACCCUCUGAUACAAUAUAGUCUCCAUUACUCAGACUGUUACGUAUGCUGCUUUCAGGUUACCCAGAACAACUCAAAUUGGAGUAAGCCAAUGGCUUUUUAGCUGCUCGUCUGACACAAUAUUUCAUUUGACUAACUAUACAGUUAAGCCCUUGUACUUCCAAUGAUGUAAACAACUAACAUGCAUUACAGCACCAACUCCCCACACACACAGAGAAUGUUGGUCUCCAGCUUUCUGAACAGCUACCCUGACUGAAGCACAUGACUUCCCAAUGCCCAUUCUCAGGGUCCCAAAACAAUUUACUACUUACUGAACACGUUCAAUACCUGAGUAAAUGUUUCUAUGAUUAUGGUAGGCUUUACAUUAGAGAGGGAGCUAAGAUAAAGACAACCAUAACAUGUUCACACACAAAAACAAAUGGGUGGAUGGAUGCAACUCAGUACAAUAAAGUGCCAUCUCUCUUUUAGUCUUCCAAUCAUUUCCAUGGGAAAUGCAUCUCGAAAUGUGGCAUCUCACUUUUCGCAUCUCACUUGUGAAGGGAGCAUUUGAUUGAGGACCGAAGCAGCUAGCAUAUCGAGGAGGGAGUACACAGUGGUGUUGCCUCAUAGCCUCUGUUACUCACAAGUAGGAUUUGCCCCAACCAGGCAUGUUACCAAAAAACAUGUUGAACAUGCAUGAACUUUAAUAUCUCGGUGACAUAGCUGGAGUAUGUGUCUUUGUUAACUUUUUCAAAACUGAGAGACUUGCAUCAGCAGGUGUCUUUGCAGAGGAAAAUAAAUGUAUUUACAAGCGUUUUAAAGCUCUGAGCCAAGUAAUGGUGUGAUUGGAUGUGGAAACAGGAAGGAGAGAGGCCAUUGGUUAGCCUGGAGAUGGAGCUUGUCUCCAGGAGAAUAAAAAAAAACUUCAGUCAUCUUUACUGAAUUAUGUAGUUUAUAUGUAGUUGUAUAGUAUCGUUCUCUCUAUAGAAUUGUCUUAUUUUUUAUCUUUUAUUAUUGUAAAUUAACAUAGUAAAUAAUUGUAAGGAAAACAUGUUGUAAGAAGCAACAGUAUCUUAAGAAAUAACAGUAAUGUUUACCAUUCCUCAUCCGUGACUUGAUUUUUUUUACUGGUAAUUGUUUUAUUUUAGGGGGUUGGAGUGGGAGGGACAUGUAUUUCAGUCACUUUGUGAAAGGAUGCUGUUGUG